GCUGCACCCGCUGCCGCUGGCAAAGCCGCAGCGCCCGCUGCACCCGCUGCCGCCAAUGGCAAAGCCGCAGCGCCCGCUGCCGGUAAAGCAGCCGCCAAUGGCAAAGCAGCCGCGCCCGCCGGCCCGCCCAAGGAUCCCAACGAUCCCAAAGUGAAGGCCGAGGAGGCUAAGAAGGCUAAACAGGCUGAGAUCGAGCGCAAGCGUGCUGAGGUGCGCAAGCGCAUGGAGGAAGCCUCUAAGGCCAAGAAGGCCAAGAAGGGUUUCAUGACCCCAGAGAGGAAGAAGAAACUCCGGUUGUUGCUGCGCAAGAAAGCCGCUGAGGAAUUGAAGAAGGAACAGGAACGCAAGGCGGCUGAACGCAGACGCAUCAUUGAAGAACGUUGCGGCAGCCCCAGGAAUCUCAGUGAUGCCAGCGAAGAGACACUGAAAUCCCUGAUCAAGCAACACUAUGACAGGAUUAAUAAACUGGAGGACCAGAAAUAUGAUCUUGAGUAUGUUGUUAAACGCAAGGAUGUUGAGAUCAACGAUCUCAAUGCCCAAGUUAACGAUCUUCGCGGCAAAUUCGUUAAGCCAGCCCUGAAGAAGGUCUCCAAAUACGAAAACAAAUUUGCCAAGCUGCAGAAGAAGGCCGCAGAAUUCAACUUCCGCAACCAGCUGAAGGUGGUUAAGAAGAAGGAGUUCACAUUGGAGGAGGAAGAGAAGGAGAAAAAGAUUAAAGAUGCCGGUUCUCUAAAAACAACCAAAAAGUAAGAAACCCGACUGGUCCAAGGGCAAGCCCGGCGAUGCCAAGGUAAAGGAGGAGGUUGAGGCCGAAGCUUAAGUGUCCACGUCCACGUAGUGUCCACUGUACCACCCGUGACUCCCGCCCUAAACAAUAUAUAAUUCAAUACAAACAAUUAUUUCACCAAAAACAAAAGUAAAACAAUUAUCUGAUGCUAAAUACCAAAAUCAAACAAUAUACGUGUAUAUAUUUAUCUCACAAUAUAUAUUCUAUAUAUAUGUAUCUAUGCAUACAUAUGUGUAUGUAUGUGUGCAUAUGAAAUAAAGUACAGCUAAAGCUCAA